UCCAAUCUGUUUCUUCAUCCCAAGUCUUUCCUCUUCCUUUCCUCUUCGACGGAGACUGCCGCUCAACUCCAAAACCUACCCACCCACCGCCGCCGCCGUCGCCGUUGCCGUUGCCCGAUUCUUCUCCCAAUCGCCCGUGUUACUACUCUGCUUCCGACAUUAUUUUGGAUUACAGCAAUGGUUUCAGACUCGGAGCUCAUCGGUCGGCUCCGGGAGUUUCUUAGGAAUUCCGACCUCAAUACCACCACCACUACCAUCGUCCGCCGAAUGCUCGAGGAGGAAUUCAACGUUGAUUUGCUCGAUAAGAAGCUGUUUAUUAGGGAACAGGUGGACUUGUUCCUCCGGACUGAGCACGAGGCGGCCGAGGAAGCUGACCAGGAGGAUGGAGACGGAAAUUUGAAGACGGAAGAAGAGGAUGGAGAUAGUGAAGACGGAGAAAACGACGACGACGAUGAUGAAAAGGGUAAAACCAGUUCUAACAAGCUUAGUAAAGAGGUGAAGAAACGAGGUGGUGGUUUUAGCAAGCUGUGUAGCCUUUCCCCACAACUGCAGGAAUUUACAGGAGUUCCUGAAAUGGCAAGGACUGAGGUUGUGAAGCAACUAUGGAUCCACAUUAGAGAGAAUAAUUUGCAAGACCCCAGUAAUAGGAGAAAUAUUAUCUGUGAUGAACCAUUGAAAGCACUCUUUGGUGUUAAUUCCAUCAACAUGUUUCAAAUGAAUAAAGCUCUAUCAAAGCAUAUUUGGCCUUUGGAAUCAAAUGACGUUAUUCCAGCCAAAUCAAGUCAGAAGGAGCAGCCAAAGGAGAAGCCCCAGAAGAAGCGGCAAAAGCAAGGAAAGGAAGAGAUGCCAAAGAAGAAGCGGCAAAAGCAAGCGAAGGAAGACUCAGAUGAGGCUGCAAGAGAGGAAAAGCAGCAAAAGAAAGGGAAAUCAGGUUUUCUUGCUCCGCUUCCACUUUCGGAUGCUCUGGUGACCUUUUUUGGUACAGGAGAAGAUGCGUUAUCUCGCGCUGAAGUUGUGAAAAGAAUGUGGGAUUACAUAAAGCAAAACAACCUUCAGGACCCUUCUGACAAAAGGAGAAUAAUCUGUGAUGAGAAGCUAAAGGAACUCUUUGAUGUCGAGUCAUUCCAUGGCUUCACUGUUUCGAAACUCCUGGCCCCUCAUUUUGUAAAGACAAAAUACAAAAGAAUUUAGUUGAUUAUCAAAAUUGUCUCUAGUAGCACAGCUUCAGCAAAUCUUUAGCCAAUUCUUGGUAUGCAUUCUGGUUUCUGUCCUUUCAUCUUGCAACGUGGCCGUACGCUCUAUAGGAUUUUCCUUUCUUGUCUUUUUUCGUUGAACAAGGGAGUUCGACCGUUAGAGAAGCAAGUAAUAUAUUGACCAAUUGGGUUAUGUUCAUGUUUGUCGAAUUCUCUCUUAAUUGAAUGUGAGAAUUAUAGAGGUUAUUUUGGUUCGU